ACCACAACACCAGCCACCUCCUCCCUCGAAGCAACAAAAGCCCAAACCCUAGCAAAGGCCCGCAUAGUCUUUGGCUCAUCGGGCUCCUCACGCCGCGAAGACCUUUCCUCGGCCAGCAAAACCAUCGCUGGCGUCAAAGUGCCGCCGAAGCCCAAAGAACCCUCUGGAGACGAUUGCUGCAUGAGUGGCUGUGUAAACUGCGUGUGGGACAUCUACCGCGAAGAAUUCGAAGAGUGGAAGCUUGCGAGCGAAUCGGCCAAGGAGGCGCUAAAGGCUUCGCAGACUGUCGCGCAAGGACAAAAUGCUGCACAAGGAGAUGCAGCAGUGGUGCAGGGGGUUGGGUCAGGGGUGGGAGAAGCAAUGAGUAUGGAUGAUGAUGGUGGAGGCAGUGAAGCGCUGUGGUUGGGAGAAGAUGUCAAGGGUGCAGAAGAGGAAAAAGAUCCUUUUGCUGAUGUGCCGGUUGGUAUCAGGGAGUUUAUGCGCACGGAGAAGAUGUUGAAGCAGAGACAA